AUGCUUGGGCCGAUACAGUCACUGGCCUCUGAAAACGUCCAAGAUCAAAAACGUCAACAUUUGGACUCGAAUAUCUACGUCAGGACGCCUUUGGCCAUCCCAUCAUUCAGUGUCGAGCCAUGGCGCUCGUCAGAGAUUCCGACGCAGCUCCCACCUUUGCCGCCCAUCAAAGACCCGGAGUUAGAACGCCUCGCAUUUCUUCACAUUGGGCUAGGAGAAGGCGGGAGCUACGAGCGCCUAGAGUGGAUAGGCGAUGCUUACUUGGAACUGAUUUCCACGAACAUUAUAUCAAAGACAUUUCCGAAACUUAGGGCAGGGCGUUGCUCACAGCUGCGAGAGCAACUCAUUCGCAACGUCACUCUGUCUCGCUACUUCCGCGAGUAUGGUCUUCCGAGCAAGGCACGACUACCUCCGGAGGUUCUUCAUGGACUUGGUGCAGGAAAGGGGAGGUCAAACGACAAAGACAUCACAAAGACCCAAGGCGACAUGUUCGAGGCUUACGUGGCGGCCGUCAUCAUGAGCGACCCGGAAAAUGGCCUGGCAACCUGCAUUCGUUGGCUUCGGGACUUGUGGUCGAUGACCCUCCGAGAGCAGAUUGUCGCAGCCGAGAAGGAGAAGCCAACCACCGUCAGAGUCUUGAACGAGGUGACUGGAGAGGUCAACGACCUUUCACCAAAGGAGCGUGUUGCACACCUCAUCCGCGCGCCAGGGGUUACAUUGGAGUACAGAGACUUGCCCUGUAAUAAGAAGGACAAGCACUUGAAGCUGCCAUUGUUUGCAGUAGGUCUUUAUCUGACGGGCUGGGGCGAAACUGGAAGAGAACUGGGCUUGGGCAUUGCUCAGUCGAAGAAGGAGGCUGCUCAGAAAGCUGCGACGCAGGCGCUCGAGAACCGUAAGCUGCUGAAAACAUACGAGCAGAAGAAGAGGGCGUAUGUUGAGGCCAAGAAGCAAGCCGAAGAUGCUGAGCAGAGCAGCGGCAUAUGA